AUGAACAACGAAUACGACUACCUUUUCAAGCUGCUGCUUAUCGGCGACUCCGGCGUGGGCAAGUCCUGUCUUCUGCUGCGGUUUGCAGAAGAUACGUACACCCAGGACUACAUAUCGACCAUCGGAGUGGAUUUCAAGAUCCGGACGAUCGAGCUAGACGGCAAGACGAUCAAGUUGCAAAUCUGGGACACCGCGGGCCAAGAGAGAUUCAGAACCAUCACCUCAUCGUACUACAGAGGAGCGCACGGGAUUAUCAUUGUGUACGACGUGACGGACCAGGAGUCGUUCAACAACGUGAACCAGUGGCUGCAGGAGAUCGACCGAUACGCCACCAGCGGCGUCAUGAAGCUGCUGGUCGGCAACAAGUGCGAUCUGACCGACAAGAAGGUGGUUGACUACGCCGUCGCCAAAGAGUUUGCCGACAGCAGGGGAAUCAAGUUUUUGGAGACUUCCGCAUCGCAGAGCACCAAUGUCGAGCAGGCGUUCAUUGUCAUGUCCAAGCAGAUCAAGUCGCAGAUGGCCAACUCGCAACCGGCCUCCAACACCGCAGGCAAGCCCAGUGUCAACCUCAGCGGCACCUCUGUGAUCAACCAGCAGGGCGGAUGUUGUUAG